AUGUCGAGCAAUGAUGAUCACAUCAGACCGGCUCGAAACUUCGAGGCACAGAGUGCAUUUGCGUCUACCCUAGUGAAUGAUGUUGAAAAAGCAGGGCCAUCCAAGGUCAGCGAAGCCCUAGACAAACAGCACAAAAGCCUCUUCGGACUUGCAAUCGAGACCCCCAAGAUCCAUCCUGGAAGUGAUGCUGUCUUUGCGGCCAAGGCCCAGCUGUUGAAUCAGGCCCUGUUGGACAUGGGCAUGGGGAUGUAUCAAUGGAUGCUUUUCUUGACGACUGGCGUGGGCUGGCUUCUUGAUAGUUUCUGGGUCAUGUCUUUCUUGGUCAUUGCCCCUUCAGCUGGAAACGAAGCUCAGUUCUUCUUUCCCGGCGAUAACACCGAUUACCUCUUCAUCAGCUUGUUUGUCGGUCUCACUAUUGGUGGCACCGCUUGGCCUAUGAUGUCUGAUAUACUGGGUCGGAAGUGGAUGUUUACUAGCACCAUCGUCUUGAUGGGAAUGGGCGGCUUAGUCGGAGCGGGCUUGCCUUCCUUCACGGGGCUGUGUGUCGUCGGUUGCAUUGUUGGAUUUGCCGUUGCUGGGAACCAAGCUGUCGACGCAAUGAUUCUUCUGGAAUCGCUGCCUGCGUCACAUCAGUACUUGGUCGCCCUGCAGGGUGUCUUCUGGGGAUUGGGACAAUUGCUUGCUGCUGCAGUUGGAUGGGCUUUUAUCGCUCUAUAUACAUGUGGCACCGGCCCAAACAAAAUGAGCACUUCUCAAUCGAUGCGCCACAAACGCGCCCUUGGCCAUUCAAGCAGCGCCAGCUCCUCCUGUCACUACGUCAGCAACAAAGGCUGGCGAUACGUAUGGUGGACCUUUGGGUGCAUAACUCUGUUCCUGUAUCUGUGUCGUUUCGCGUUGAAUUUGCAUGAAACACCAAAGUUCCUCCUCUCACGGCGUCGCGACGCAGAAGCAACCCAACUCGUCAAGGAUAUUGCGCUCUACAAUAAGCGCCAAACAUGGCUUACGGAAGCAUCGUUUGCACGGAUUGAUUCCACAGUUGACGGGUCCGAAGCGGAACUGCGCACGAAAUCUCGUUCGCAAGGCCUUGCUUCUUCGCUCAAUAUCUUUGGCACAGUGUGUCUUGUCCUGCUCUGGAGUGUGAUGGGCUUGACAUUCGUGCUUCACCAAAAUUAUCUCGGAAAUUAUCUCGCUGCACAUGGCGUAGCCAAAGUCAGUGCGACAACAGCCUCGAGGUCCUACCUUUACAGCCGAUACCUAUAUGUUGCGCUCUGUGCUAUCCCCGGCCCGCUCGUGGCGGCAAUCCUGGUCGAAGUAAAGGGCCUGGGACGGAAGCGCACCGGAGCUGGCAUUGCUGUUUUGACUGGUCUGUUCAUGCUUCUCGCUACCGUGUCCCGGUCUCGCAAUGCUGCGCUGGCUUUCGAGUGCAUCAUCAGCUUCCUUCGCUUUGCUGGCAUGGCUACGCUAACUCUAUAUACUGUUGAGGCUGUGCCUACUACAGUUCGUGGAUAUAGUCUAGGUGUGGUGGGGUUCUUUUGGGGGGUGUUUGGCUUGAUUGCCUAUAUCAUUACUACUUUUGAUAGCACAGUGGUUUCCGUCCAAGGUCCAGUUUGGUUCUGCGGUGCCGUUUGGAUACUUAUGGCUGCUGCGUGGUUGGCGCUGCCGGUUGAAACUCAAGCUAGAGCAGCGGCGUAG